UAAAUCAACAAACAUCACCACGUUACGUUCCAGUUGAAACGCGAACCCAAUAAUCCAUCAACCCUAACUCCAAACACAAUUCUAGGGCUCCGAUUAACGAUCAAACCACUCCAAUCCAACAGUAAAACCUGCUAAUUCAGAUUCAAUCAAUGGCAAAUAGCAACAAAAGAGACGAACCUUUAACAGCUCCACCGGUCGAUCAAUGGUUUGACCUAACCCUAGGUUCCUCUUUUCAGGACAAUCCGUCUUCCAAAUUCUGCACUCUUCGCUAUGAAUUUAAGCCUGCAUCAAUCGAUAAGAACCAGCCUGGUAAAUUGCACAAGAGUAAAGAUAAUAAAGUGGCAGUUGAAUUUCAAAACAACCAACCAGGGAAACCUAAAGUCUGUUUUGACGGUAGCAUAGAGGAUUACAAGGAUAACGAUGCAGUUUUGUUCUUUGACGGGUCGAGUUUUAGGUUAGAGCGGUUACAUAGAUCGGUUAAGCGGUUAAGGCAUGUUCGGCAACCUGGCGAGUCUGCAGCGGUUGGUGCCACUAGUUUAUCAGUGCCGGUUCCUGAGUCUAGCUCACCGCCACUUGGGAAGGGACCUAAAACGCAGCCGUCAAAUAAGAACUUACUUCCUCCAUCCGUUGAAGUUGAACGAAUUGAAAUUGGGAACUUUAAAGGUUUCGAUGGGAAGGCUAGAGAAGAAAAGGUUAUCGAUAAUCCACCAGUCCCGCCAAAUUCAUUCUAUACAUCACCCGACCAGAAGACCGAUGAUGACCUGGACGAACAGCUGGACAUUCUCAACAAUGAUGAUGAUGAAAUUGACAUUGGUGGAACCGAUAAUAUGGAGCCUGUAUUACCAGAAAGACAACCAUUUACCGGAAUUGACAUUAAUAUCCCACAUCAAAACGAAAGUGAUGAUGAGAUUGCAGAGGUUGAUGUGAGUGAUGAUGAUGGGGACGGAGUCGCAAAUGCCGCAGAAGCGCUAAGAGCACAACUGAAUGCUGAAGAAAGAAAAGAACCAUCUUCGAGCUCUGGUGAUAGUAGCGGCAGUGACAGCGGGAGUAGUAGUAGCAGCAGUAGUAGUGAUAGUGAAAGCAGUGAUGGUGACUCUGUUAACUCUAUUUAAGAAACUUAUACGAGUUUUCAUUCAUGUAACCUCUCUUUUGUUAAGAUAUGUGUAUCAUGAAACCAAAAACACCUUGGAAGUUAAAAAGAAAACAGAAUAUUGAGAUCGACAGCUGGGAUUGUUUAUUCGAGAAUGGUCGUUGAUACAUAAUCAAUGAUUUCUUCAUUGAA